AUGGAUAUUCUUUGUGAUGAGGAGAGCUCUGUGAACCCAACUUCAAACUCCUUAAUACAAAUAAAUCAUGAGAGAAGACUCUACAGAAAUGUUUAUGGAGCUGGAGAGAUUAAUAUAUCACAUCUCUUUAACUUGACUGUGGAAUCUGAAAACCUAACAAAUCUUUCGUGUGAAAGUAACAUGAGUCUACCAUGCUACUCUUCCCUGUUUCAGCUUUCACAAAAAAACUGGCCAGCUUUGCUGACAGUGAUAGUGAUUGUUUUAACCAUUGCUGGAAAUAUUCUUGUCAUCAUGGCUGUGUCACUGGAGAAAAAACUACAGAAUGCCACUAACUAUUUUCUAAUGUCACUUGCAAUAGCUGAUAUGCUGCUGGGUUUCCUUGUCAUGCCUGUGUCAAUGUUAACCAUACUGUACGGAUACACAUGGCCUCUACCGACAAAGCUCUGUGCUGUUUGGAUCUACUUGGACGUGCUUUUCUCCACUGCUUCCAUCAUGCACCUCUGUGCCAUCUCACUGGAUCGCUAUAUUGCCAUUCGAAACCCCAUCCAUCACAGCCGGUUUAACUCAAGAACUAAGGCUUUUGCAAAAAUAAUUGCUGUUUGGACCAUAUCAGUUGGUAUCUCCAUGCCUAUACCUGUCUUCGGACUACAAGAUGACUCCAAAGUGUUUAAGAAAGGCAGUUGCUUACUUGUGGAUGACAAUUUUGUCCUAGUAGGCUCUUUUGUGGCAUUCUUCAUCCCUCUAACCAUCAUGGUGGUCACCUACUUUUUAACUAUCAAGUCGCUGCAGAAGGAAGCUACGCUAUGUGUGAAUGACAUGGGCCCAAAGACCAAGUUUGCUUCGUUUAGCUUCCUCCCUCAGAGUUCCCUGUCCUCAGAUAAACUCUUUCAGCGCUCUUUGAACAGAGACAUGGGGACUUCUGGGAGGAGAACCAUGCAAUCCAUCAGCAAUGAACAGAAGGCUUCCAAGGUUCUUGGCAUUGUCUUCUUUCUGUUUGUUGUGAUGUGGUGCCCAUUUUUCAUCACCAAUGUGAUGGCUGUAAUUUGCAAGGAGUCAUGCAAUCAGGAAGUCAUUGGAGGACUACUUAACGUAUUUGUUUGGAUUGGCUACCUUUCUUCGGCUGUCAACCCACUCGUAUAUACGUUGUUCAAUAAAACCUACCGCUCAGCUUUCUCUCGUUACAUUCAGUGUCGCUACAAGGAGGAGAAGAAACCUUUCCAACUGAUUUUAGUGAAUACUAUCCCAGCACUUGCGUACAAUUCCAGCCAGCUUCAGCUAGCACAAAUGAAGAGUUUGAAAAAAGAGGCAAAAAUGAUGGCUAAGGAUUAUUCGAUGGUCACGAUAGGAAUACAUCAUUUGGAUGGUACCUCCAAGCGAAGUAUCAGCCCAGUGAACGAAAACGUUAGUGGAGUGUGA